AUGUACGCAGAAACGGUCGAAGAACGAUUUAUGAAGUUGAACAAAGUGCUUGGACUGAUAUGCGGUGUCUGGCCUCGUCAGAACUCUCGAAGGAAACUGAUCACGCAAAUACUUUCUUUGCUUCUAAUGGCAUCUUCCAUUGUUACACAGAUAGCAAACACCGUGCUAUUCUUCAGCAUGGACAAUCUCGUGGAUGGCAUACCUUUCAACGUGGCAGCGGUUGGGACGUUCGUGAAACUGGGUAAUUACAUUAUAAACGAAACGAAGUUAAAGUCGAUGGUGGAACAGAUAUUCGACGACUGGACGUCGAUCACAUCUGAGACGGAAUGCAAGAUCAUGGUGACCUAUGCUCGAAAAGGACAACUGAUCGCGUUGUGUUACGCAGCGCAUUUGUUCCUUCCCGCGGCCAUAUUCUUAUGCGUGCCUUUCGCACCGAUCAUCUUGGACAUUUACGCGCCACUGAACAAAACGAGAAAACGUGUGUUCGUUUAUCCAGCCUAUUACUGGAUGGAUCCUGAGCAAUACUACAUGAUAAUGAUAAUACACAUAAUGUUCGUGGUGAUCAUGGUCUGUGUCAUAUUCUGUGCUUGCGACAUGAACUACGUGUACGCUGUGCAGCACGCAUGCGGCUUAUUGGCUGUCACCAGAUAUCGGUUCAGCCAGGCGUACAAAACUUUGUCCAUUAACGGCGACGAGAACGGCGCGAGAUUUUUCGACAAAAGAACGUACAGAGACGUGUGCCAUUCGGUUCGAGGUCAUCAGCGUGUUGUACAAUAUCUGAAACAUAUCGAGGACAGCCAUCGUAUUUACCUGUUCAUCUCGAUGGGAAUGCUGAUGAUAGCUAUCAGCGUGUCUUUGUUAACGAUGGCCAGUAGCCACAAUUUACCGCAGAAGGUUGUGCACGGAACGUUUUUCGUCGGCCAAGCGUUUCACGUUUUCUUUUUGAACGUCCAGGGACAAUUUGUGAUAAACGCAUUCGACGAACUGUACGACAAGAUAUACGAAUCGCAGUGGUAUAAUUUCACUCCUAGAACACAAGCGUUGUAUGUAUUGGCAUUGAGAAGCUGCCUAAACCCACCUCUGUUAACAGCUGGUGGGAUGACGACGUUGAAUCUACGAUCGUUCGCAGAGAUCAUCAAAGCAUCUGUUUCCUACUACACGGUGAUGCAGACCAAGUAA